AUGAUUCCAUACAUUGCCUACAAGCACUAUCAAAAGAAGAAGCAACAAGCGGCUUCGAUGGCAGAAGCUUCGGCCAAUUCGAGUCUUAUCGACUUCACUGAUAGCAAUGGUAGCCUAACAUCAUCACCUCAAGUUUCGCUUCUGUUCAAUGAACGAGAAGCGUUCUCGUUGAAAGGUGUCGCGGCAAAACGCAUACUCGAAGGUGAAGAAAGUGCAGAGGAGUGGUACGUGAAUGGCAAACUAUCGAUAAUAGAAAAGGCUCAUGGAAUAAUGAUUGAAUGGGAACCAGUGGAAGAGGAUGGUUGGGUGUUGACGAAUGGUGACGAUACAGCAGAUGCAACCCUAUCGACAUCACCGACUGUCACAGGUGAUGCGGCUGCAAGAACACCACCACGAAACAGCGUUGGUGGCACAAAACUUCAGUUCUCGGUUGAUAUUAAGGAUCUACGAUCGUUCCAGUGUGUGGAACCGAAAAAAGGUAAAGGAUGUGCAUGGAUUCGUUUCAUCAGCAAAGACGGUACAAACUAUAUACCGUUGUAUUUCCGUCAUGGAGGAAUUUCAUCGUUUGUGGAGCAUUUGCAAAGGUACGCAACAUUGAAACGUUCGGCACGUGAGUCGAAUCUCGUGCUGUUCACCGACGAAAGAAUUGAAGCUCUCGAGCAAUCAGUUUCAAUUCUCAAUUUGAAUAGUGACUUCUUUUCGGUUAGCUUUAUGCACCUUUCUUAA